AUGGAGAGGAGCCAGAUCUUCGUCAAGCUCCUGGACGGUAGGACCCAUUGUCUACCGGUUCCUUCCGCUACGCUCUCCGGGGAGGCGCUGAAGGAAUAUCUAUUGGCGAAAACCGGGAUCCCCCUCCGCUUUCAGCGAUUGGUGUCUGGAUUGCGCGAGAUUCGCGAUGAAACCCUGAUAUCAGCAUCCGAGGAUGGGAUUUUUCCUUCCUGCAGCCUUCUCCUCCGCCUCCGCGGCGGGAAAGGUGGAUUUGGUUCCCUCCUCAGGGGCGCGGCAACGAAAGCAGGGCAGAAGAAGACGAACAACUUCGAUGCGUGCAGGGACAUGAGCGGGCGGCGCCUGCGACAUGUCAAUGCGGAGAAAAAGCUCGAGGAGUGGAAGGCGGAGGCCGAGGAUCGGAAGAUGGAAAAACUCGCGGAGCAGUUCCUUAAAAGCAAGGCGAAGGAGGUUAAGAAGAGUUCAUCAGCGGUCGUGGAAAAAUACAUAGAGAAGUAUAAGGAGGAUUCUGCUAGGUGCAUGGAAGAGGUCGAAGAGUCUGUGCGCCAGUCCUUUGAACUCUACGAGAAAUCGAAACGGAAGGUUUUGCCUUCAUCAGGGCCUGCAUUAAAGCGCCUAAAGAUAUGGUAAACUAUUGGAUUUAUUUUUCUGCGGACCAUUGCGAUCCAUUGAUUUAAUUCUGAUGCUCAGUUCCUUACCCCCCAUGCUUACUUUUUUCCUAUUCGUAAACAUUGGUUUCCGUCGUAUUCACUUUGUAUCAUUUAAAUGGAUUAUGUCUCGAUCAUGCAGGAUGGGAAAGAAGAAGGUGGAUGAAAGUGAAAGUGAGGACGACGAAGAGGAUGACGACGAUGCCGAGAAGUCUGUGGUUCUUAAUGGUGGAAACAAGAAUGAAGAUGAUGCAGGUUUGUUUGCAACAUCCAGUAGUCAGUCAGAUCUGGAAGGUUCCGAUGGAGGUUCUGGAAAGAGCAAUUUGGAGGAAGAAGAUAGUGUGCCUAAUCAGAAGUGCCUGGAUGUGAGCGAAGGCCCUGUAAAUGAAAAUGUUUGUUCUGAUGACUCUGCGGAACCUGUGAGGACAUCUUUUGAAGAAUAUGGCGACCAGACAGAGAACGUUUCUCUCCCAGCGACAUCACAAGGCUCUGACAAGGUUCAUUUAGAGGAGAGGUUGGUUGGCGAUCAAAUAGUGGACCAAAAGCAAAUAGACGCCGAGGAAAGAAUGAGUUUGUCUCCAGAAGUAUCGCCUGACUCCCCUGAGAAAACUCUAGAUGUCUCCUGUGCUGUGAUAGGAGAUUCAGUGGUUCUGAAAGAAGCUGCCCCAGAGAGGAUUGAGGAUGAGAAAUCAAAUGAGCCAUUGAACUUCGAGGAAUUUAACUCUGCAGAAGAAUUGGAGGUUUGUGCACGUCGAUUGAUGCUAUAACUAUUCCUUGAUGUUUGUUCCCUAAUUCCAUCAUUGCUUGAUCGGCAAUUUAUGGCAUAUAUCAGAUCGUCACAUAUACUUGUGUUUUCUAUCUCUCGAUCGGCUUUUUACAUGACUCCCAUUGAUGUAUGCUUAUCGCCGCAUCUAAAACAGAAAAACUGGAGUGCAUUGCUCCAAGUGGCACUCGUAACAUGUUUGUGAAAAUUCUAUUCUCUUUCAUUCCUUAACCAAAGCAAGGUUUCUCUAAUUAUACGGAAUGGUUGCGCUGCUAAGUCAUAUGGAUGGAUACCCGGAUCACACUCAAACCUCUGUAGAUGCUAGAUGUAUCCGAUCAGGUGGUCACAUUCUUUAUACAUCUUAACUUUAAUUUGUGCAUGAUGACUACUUGAUUGGAGUCAAAGCAUGGCUUCUACACCGAUAGCUCUUUUGUGGGCCUGUCAUGGGAGUGAAUAUCUUAGUCAGCACCUCCUCUACUCUAUAUUUCGGAGGAGGAACAUCGGAAACCCACCCAAUGGUCCACCCUUGGAAUCUCAAUCAACUUCAUUGCCCAGAUGCUCCCUCCAUGUGGAUGAAUUAUUUAAAUUGGCGCGUAUUGGCCUACACUCCUACCGCUAUUUCGACUCUCUUUGGUUUAUUAUUGUCUAUAGAUCAUGGCUAACAUCGCCGGCGCCGUCUGCAGGUUCUCGGCAUGGAGAGGUUGAAAUCAGAACUGCAGGCGCAUGGAUUGAAGUGCGGUGGAACCCUACAAGAGCGAGCCGCCAGGCUUUUCCUCCUAAAGUCAAUCCCCGUCGACAAAUUACCCAAGAAGCUGCUGGCCAAGCCUACGAAAUAA